CAUCCUCAGAAGAGAGGAGGGCGUAUGCCGGCACGGGCUGAGAGUCAAAUAGGCUGACAUUCGAGAACAACUCAACGAGUGUGCUGGGGGUGGCAAGAGCGAUGCGAGGGCAAGGCUGGAGCUGAGCCUGCGAGACAUAGCUAGGAAAUCCGUCAAACUGAGCUCAUUUAGUCGCCAAAGAAAGCCUAACGUUCUACAGUAAGCGUUUAAAGGACGAGAGACCAUGUCGGUGCUGGCUUUGCAAGAAUACGAAUUCGAGAGGCAAUUCAAUGAAGAUGAAGCCAUUCGAUGGAUGCAGGAGAACUGGAAGAAGUCCUUCCUCUUCUCUGCGCUCUACGCUGCCUGCAUACUUGGUGGGCGGCAUGUAAUGAAACAAAGGGAGAAGUUUGAAUUGAGGAAACCUUUAGUACUAUGGUCUUUAACACUUGCAGCCUUCAGAUUAAUGGUGUGCAUUAUAGCCAGAAAAACAAGCCACUUCCUCGUUCCAAGUUACUUCAUAAAGACCUGCAUAUAUGUAUAUUUGGUGCCAUCAGAACUGGAGGCUACAUGAUGAACAUCUUGAUGACCAAAGGCCUGAAGCAGUCAGUGUGCGAUCAGAGUUUCUACAACGGACCAGUCAGCAAGUUCUGGGCCUAUGCUUUUGUCCUCAGCAAGGCACCUGAACUAGGAGACACACUAUUCAUCGUCUUACGGAAGCAAAAGCUGAUUUUCCUUCACUGGUAUCAUCACAUCACAGUUCUGCUCUAUUCCUGGUACUCCUACAAGGACAUGGUGGCUGGCGGGGGCUGGUUCAUGACCAUGAACUAUCUGGUGCACGCCGUCAUGUAUUCUUACUACGCUCUACGGGCCGCCGGCUUCAAAAUCUCUCGCAAGUUCGCCAUGUUCAUCACCCUGACGCAGAUCACCCAGAUGGUGAUGGGCUGCGUGGUCAACUACCUGGUGUAUUCGUGGAUGCAGCAAGGCCAAGAGUGCCCAUCCCAUGUGCAGAACAUUGUGUGGUCGUCCCUCAUGUACCUCAGCUACUUUGUGCUCUUCUGCCAGUUCUUCUUCGAAGCCUACAUCACAAAGACCAAAUCCAAUGCAGCCAAGAAAAGCCAAUAAAUCAAGAAAAUGAUUUUUAACAAUUAAUCUAGGUGAGGUGGGGAAAAACUAAAUGGACCAAUGAUUGGUAGUGGAUGGAUGUGUCUUUACAGUUAGGGCUUAUGAACUUGCAGAAGAAAGAAGCAAAGACCAUGAGGGGCUACUAUCAAAGCUUGUGCAUACUGUACUACUAACGUAUAGAGAUAAACCUCCCCACCACUUGGGAAGCUCUAUUGAGCUGCACUGAGAAAUCAUUAUGAUUAUAUCAGUUGAACAAAACAAAAAAAAUGUGUCUUUAUGUAAUGUUUAUGUGCCCAAUACAAUUCUCUGUAUUUAAAAAAAAAAAAAAAAAAAAAGAA